UCUCGAAAUAUUUGAGACGCAGAUUCCUGAUCUAACUUUGCAGCUGUGCAAAGACAGUAGUAGGACAUGGAAAGCAACCAAGGGGCCGAAAGCAUCUACACAAAAAAGAGGGACUCUGAGCAACUUUGAGUGCGUUUAUCGCUUCUCUCGAUCUCUUUUAAGGACUUUUCUGGAACCGCAAGCUUCUCGUCGAUCUAAUCUAGGAGUGCGCGACUUUUCAACCUCAAGGCAAUGGUACAGAGAGUUCCUAAGCAAACUCCCACACCAGCAUUACCAGGUGGCUGCCGUGAGAGAAACUAUUAAUGAAUGGUCAUUUCAGCUAUGAUGGCAGACCAGCCACCUCCAUUAGAAGCCACACCUAUUUUGAAUGAAGUGCCACUUCUACCUCAUAUGGUCAAUGGGGACACCACACAACAGACUGUUGAUCAGUGGGGUGGGUGGUAUUCCCAGCAGAAUCCCUAUUCUGUCCCAGCCACCCGCCACCCACCCGCACACCUUCCAAUAAACACGCUCAAACGUAGCAGACUAUGGGAUGGGGCACACGGUGAGGGAGAUAGGAUCCUGAUAGACCGCUUCAGCUCUGCUUCCCUGCCUCCCUGCUUGCUGCUGGACAGAGAUCCCAGGUGGAGAAAGCAAUGCCGAAACAGGCAGGUUAUCCUUGUGCAAGUAAACCCAGGGGAGACUUUCACGAUUAGAACUGAGGAUGGACACAUUCAGUGUAUCCAAGGUCCAGCACAUGUUCCUAUGAUGUCACCAAAUGGUUCUGUGCCUCCAAUAUUUGUGCCUCCUGGCUAUGUAUCUCAGGUGGUGGAAGAAAAUGGAGUUCGGAAGGUUAUAGUUUUGCCACAUUCUACCGAAUUCCACCCCUCCAUGCAUCCACCUCCUCCACAUGUGCCCCAUUAUAUGCACCCUCACCCUGCUUUGCUUCCCCAUCCACCUCAUCCAGUAUAUCCUCCAGUUCCGGGGACAGGAGAAAUACCACCGCAGUUCAUUCAUCAGCAUCCACCACCGCCAUCACCACAUCUUUACCAAGAACAAGAGUCCCGUUCCCAUGGCAGAGCAAAUUUUGUUCAGCGAGAUGAAAGGACUCUCAAAAUGCAGGAGCAUUUGAAGAAAAGACUAAAAGACCGACAAGCUAGUGGACAUACAAAUAACAAAAUGAACAGCCCUCCUUCCUCACCUCAUAAGGUUAACAAUUCCUCAAGUACCAAUGUUCAGAAUGGAUUAGGAAAGGGACAGCAAGGAUCAGGAGGGCAAAUCAAACAGAAGCAAGUAGGAAAAGCCAGAGGAAGCCCCGUCCCAUCAGGCGAUUCAGGAAUGGGAGAAUCUGACACAGAAUCUAGAAAAUCUGAAGAGCUUUUGAGCUUCAGUAAGCCUACAGUAUCUGCAAUUCAAGCAAGGUCUGCAGUUGUGUCCUGGAGCCCUCCAGUUGUGUCGCAAAGUGAAGAAACUCAUAAUCUCACUCCUACAACAUUCACAUUUGAAGUGGCAGUUUCGAACAGUGGUAAAAAUGGGAAGUUUAAAUCAGUUUACACUGGUGAAGAGACAACUUUUACACUUCCUGAUCUCAGACCAGCAACAGAUUAUCAUGUCAGAGUUUCAGCCUCAAGUAGUUCCACAAAGGAAACAGUUUCAGAGCUGGCAAGUUUUACUACAGAGAGUUGUGAACCAGACCCUCCAGCUGCACCUAAAGUAGUCAAUAAAACCAAAAACAGCCUGAAUUUACAGUGGAAGUCCUCCAAUGACAAUGGCUCCAAAGUGACCAACUACCUUUUAGAAUGGGAUGAGGGGAAGAAUAGAGCAUUCAAGGAAUGCUACUAUGGCCAUCAGAAGCAACACAAAAUAACCAAGCUGUCCCCUUCUACAAAGUACACAUUCAGGUUGGCAGCCAAAAACGACAUUGGAAUGAGUGGCUUCAGUGAGACAUUGGUGUGUUACACAGUAGGAAUUGUCCCACCGCCACCUUUGUCGCCUCGGCUGACCGAAGCAGGGGUGACAUGGUUAUCCCUCAAAUGGAGCCCUCCCAACGGCGUCUCUUCAGAUGACUCUCUGACGUACAUUUUAGAAAUGGAAGAGGAAGGUUCGGAUUAUGGUUUUCAAGCAGGGUACAAUGGAGAUGAACUUUCUUGCACUUUAAAAGACCUUAGAAGGAGUACUUCUUAUAAAUUUAGGCUGUUUGCUCAUAAUACUGAAGGAAAAAGUGGUCCUAGUGAGGUAGUAGAGUACAGCACAAGUCCUGACAAACCUGGAGCUCCAAGUAAACCAAGCGUAAAGGGAAAGAUCCAUUCACAUAAUGUGAAAGUUACCUGGGAUCCACCAAAGGAUAAUGGAGGAUCAGAGAUCUCUAUGUAUGUCCUAGAAAUGUCAGAGGCCUCAGCUGGCAAUAAAUGGGAAACGGUUUAUAGUGGUCCCACAAGAGAACAUGUAUGUGCUCAUCUCAAGCCUGGUACUUCUUACAGACUACGAGUUUACUGCAUUGGUAGCGGGGGCCAAAGUCAGGCAUCUGAUGUCCUCAUUGUUCAGACAGCAGCUGUUCCUCCAGGGCCGUGCCAUUCUCUGUGUCUGGCUAGCAAAGCCAAGCCUAAGGAAGUCUCUCUUCAGUGGGAUCCGCCGUCCACAGAUGGGGGCUCAGAAGUAACAGAGUACAUUGUGGAAAUAGCAAACUGUGACCAGGAUGAGCGCAAACAAGUGUACCGUGGCCAGACACUAGAAUGCACAGUGCCUGGUCUCCUUCCUGGGAGAACCUACUGCUUCUGGAUUCGAGCAGCCAACAAAGUUGGGCUUGGUCCUUAUUCAGAAAAGGCAGAAAUCUCUACAGCUCCUGGACCCCCAGAUCCAUGCUGUGUUCCCCUUCUAUCCUGUAAGACAGCUACAUGUGUAGUAGCCUCAUGGGAGAUCCCAGCAUGUAAUGGUGCAGAUGUUAGCGAAUACAGGCUGGAGUGGGGACAAGUGGAAGGGUCAAUGCACAUAAUCUACUCUGGUCCUCUUCUGAGCUAUGAGGUGAAAGGACUCACGCCCGCGACCACAUAUUAUUGUAGAGUACAGGCUGUGAAUAUCACCGGCGCAGGACUGUUCGGGGAAAUAGGGAUGAUUACAACCCCAGCUUCAGUUCCAGCUGCGGUGUCUGUGUUGCACUUGCUCGAAGAAGACCAGAUGGAAGCCCCUCUUCCCCUCUCGACGUGCCUUGCUCUCCAUUGGGAAGAGCCCUGUUGCCAUGGGGCAGAGGUCUUGGGCUACAACAUAGAGUAUGGGGAAAAACAGAUCUCGACAGUCAACCGAGUUACAAGCCAUGUUUUGGAGAACCUGCAACCCGACACUUUAUACAGGAUCCGAAUCCAGGCCUUCAACAGUCUCGGAGCGGGUCCCUUCAGUCCCUCCAUUAAAGCGAAAACAAAGCCUUUGCCGCCAGAUCCCCCACAUCUGGAAUGUGUCGUUUUCAGUUACCAGAGCCUUAAGCUGAAAUGGGGUGAAGGUCCGAGCCGAGCUUUAAUUGCCAACCCCACACAGUUCAACCUGCAGAUGGAGGAUAGGUUUGGCAGAUUCAUCACUGUCUACAGUGGACCUUGUCACACAUACAAAAUGCAGCGGCUUAGUGAAUCCACAACAUACUUCUUUAAGAUCCAAGCGUGCAAUGAUGCCGGUGAAGGAGAAUUUUCCGAAGUUUACGCAUUCAGUACAACCAAAUCUCCACCGCCAGCACUGAAAGCACCUAAAGUACAUCAGCUGGGAGAUAACAUCUGUGAAGUCGCAUGGGAGCCUUUGCAGCCAAUGAAAGGCGAUGCCAUUGUUUACAUUUUGCAACUUGCCAGUGGGAGGGAAGUUGAUCAGGUAUAUAAGGGACCAGAGACUUCAUUCCGCUUCACCAACAUGCAGACAAACUGUGAAUAUCGAUUCAGGGUGUGUGCUGGGCGCCAGUAUCAGGACUCUACUGGAUUGCAAGAACUGUAUGGACCGUAUAGUCCUAGCACAGCGUUUUCAUCUCAGAAACAGGAGCUCAUUUCGCAGUGCUCAGACACAGGUCCCGACCUUACGAAAAGUAGGAGGAAGCCGCUGAGCGACGAACAGUUUGCGUUCCUGCUUCUCAUCAUCUUUGCGACCGUUGCCAUCCUGUUUGCCGUUAUCAUCCAGUACUUCGUGAUCAAGUAAGCGAGCGAGCGUUGAGAAUUGACAUCAUUACUCAGCUUAUUAUUUUUUUCAUACGGAAGUUAUGCCUUGGGUAUUUAUGUAAAUUCCAAUUAAAAUGCUAGCUGGGAAUGAUUGUAUAAGACACACAUUUCCAUUUUUGCUGCUGACUAACAGCAAAGGCUGGGUAGGUAGAACCCCUCUCCCCAAAAACUCACCCUAUCUCCAAGGGGGCCAGGGAUAAAGGGGUUGGGGAGCAAUGAAGAGAAGAAAAUCCCUAUUAUAGCACAGUUGUGCAUCUUCUAAUCAGGGUUUGCUGUUUAAAACAGCUAAAACAAAAAAAACAAAAAGCUGCCUUAACACGCACUUGUGAUUCUCAGAGAGCUUGACUUUUAAUACUCAUGGCAAGACCUUUAUACUCAAGUAGAGCAAAGCCAAGGAAGGGGGGCAGGGGAAGACCAGCUGCUUCAACCUAAAUCUCAGCCUGUAUGAGAUAUAGCAGCAGAGAUGCUUAAGCGUAGAUCAGUACUGUAUUACAGGACAUUGCUAAAGCAUACCACAUCCGAUAAUAUAUUGUAGGCAAGAAAAACGAAACCAAAAUGUUAAUCAACUUCUUACUUUAGUGCUAGUGCUAUUUUCAUUUUAUUUCCAGUUGCUUUUAAGCGUUGGGAUCGUUCCAGUAGUUAACUAUCACUUUUAAGAGAUGAGGGUGGCAGGUGGUGCUGAUGGUCUUUUAGAAAGUAUGCGGGGCGCCCAGUUUGUCUACGGACCGAGGGACUUGCGUUGGUAUGAGAUGGCAAAACGCGCCCCCCCCCCCUUCUUCUAUACUGUACAUUUCUGAAUGAAAUGCUUUCCGUUGUUGGAAAACAACCGUUGGCCCGACCCAGAGUUCACUCUCAGUGCCUGAGAGACCAGUAACACCCUGUGCUUCUGACUCCAACCGUUGCCGCCGCUGCUGCCGCCGCGUUUGCUUCAGAAGAAAAGCACAGAAUUUUUUUUGUCUUUUAACGAGAACAAAAAGUGCAUUUAUGAUAAAUGUUUCACUAUUUGGCUCAAACUGAGCAAAUGUUUUUUGUACUAUUCUUAACGUGAAAUUUAAAGAUGAUGAUGAUAAUAAUAAUAAUGAUAAGAUUCAAGCUGUGGUUUGGUUUUGGGUUCUCCCCUCCCCGUCUUCGGGACGCCCUCCUAACGUAAUCCAGCUGAUCAAGUCACACGUGGAAAUGAUUUUUCUUUUCUUCUUCUAGAGGGUUAUACAUACGUUUUGAAGGAAUUGCUGCCUCUCCUGCAGCAGUUUCAUAUUCCAUUCUUUUGUGGUUGAAGUCCUCCUCCCCCCCGUUUUGUGAGAAAUACUUCAGUGACAGGUCUGGCUUCGGGUGGAAUAGUGUUUUUGUUUCGUUUUUUCCUUUGUUUCCGGGGGGGUGAAUAUCAUGCACUACAUAGGACUGUUCUUUGUCAAGCCUCUGCAGCAGGUACCUGUGAAGUAAAAGUAAUUAAAUGUCGUCUUUACAUUGUGCUCUUUUUGGAAGCUGGAAACAACCCAUUUUGUUUCAGAGGAAGAAGCUCCCGUUCAAAGGCCCGCGCGUUUUGUUACGUUUUGCAUACCGACAGGGACUAAACAGCUAUCCUUUACGAAACACCAGAACGCUUGCACUCAUGAGACAGUGGAUGUAAUGUGUAAACUCAUCAUUUUAGCUCGAGACUUGUCUGUUUCAGACAACCGGACAUCAUAAAAGUGUCCCUCAACCAGCUGUUAGUUCAUAAUGAUAGCUUAUGGUUUGUGGCAUUGUGUUUGCAUUUCACACCUGGGGGAAAAACACACACACACACACACACACACACAAAUGAUGGUAUCAUAUCACUUACUCUCUUAAAAAGUAGAUUUAUGGUGCAAUCUGAAAUUAACCUUUUUUUUUCUCCUUCAAAAAAAAUGUACUCUCCUUUUUGUGAUCUAUUUAUUUUGAUUUUUAAAAAAUUCUGGAAACAAAAUGUAUGUUUGAAUGUACUGUUCUACUUGUAGCAGAACUUUUAAGUUAAUCAUUUAUUGUAAUGGAAUCCUCUCUUCAAGUGUUGGAAAAGAGUUUUAUACAGAUGUUAGUGUCUUAGUUUGCAGGAACGUUUACAACCUUCUCCUUCAUUUCCUUUCACACUUCAUUUUAUACAAAUCAGUAGAUUUGUCUUCAGCAGAUUUCUGUUGCCAAAGGGUGUUUUUUUCAUUGUUAAACUCUGACAAACAAAAUGAUCGGGGGAAAAGAUCUCAAUGAAUUGGCAAUAGUCCGUCAGAUACGUUUUUGUUUUAAAUUGGGUUUUUCUGAAUACUAACCAAAAUUAUGACUUCCUAGAAAGUUAAAAAAAAAACCAGUUUAAUUUGUAUUUGUAAUUGCCACAAACUGUUUAUAUUUCCAGAAGGUUUGCUGGAAAGCAUAGUGUAGAAUUUUCUAUUUACAACUAUACAUUCCAGAUCGAUGUACUCUAGUGGCAUUAAUGUAUUAGAUCUCCUUUUCUUCUUGUAUUGUAAUUUUUGCUGUAUUUCAUACUUAUGUUAAACCUGCCAGACAUCGUAUUACUAAAUUGUAACUAUAAAUAGAUAAUAUAUUUAAUAUGGCCAAUAAAAACACAAAAUUGUU